AUGUGUCAAGAGAUCGUCCAACAAUGCUGCCAUUGUGGUGACAAUAUUGGUGUCUAUAUCGCCCCCUGUCACAGCUGGUAUUUCGACGCACAAGUGGCUCACCGCGAGCGACGACCUAUCUUGCCAGCAUGGGACUGUGAGUAUCGUUUCAAAGAGUUCCAGCCUAUGCUCGCAGGCUGUCCCAAUAACGACACCUGCCUCUCGUGGUUUGGAAACAUCGUCCCGGGUUUUGGCAACGUCCAGAAUGAGAGCCCUGAGAUCAAAUUGUUCCGUGAAUAUGUCGCUCAUGAGAAGUUGGAGGAAUGGGAGGAUCAGUUCGCUCGUGAGUAUUUUCAGAAGAAGCCCAUUCCUCCUCGCAAGAAACCCGAGGGUUUUAUGUCCUUGAUUCGCCAAGAUAUGAUGGGAGACCUUGAAUCUGUCACGUCUUUCGACAGUCUCGAGUCUGCAGACACAGACUCAGACGAUGGAGAAGGGCGUUUCCAACAUGGCAAUGAAGAUAGUUAUGACGCUGACAGCGAGGGCUCAACUCAAGAAAGCGAGAUUUUCAACGAUGCCGCCAACAACGAGACCGCUGAGGUUGACCCUGAAGAUUUGUUCUACGGUGAUGUCCCCGACCGUAAACAUGUUGUUGAACCCAAACCCAGUCGAGCAUAUAACGAGCCGGCCGUCUAUCAUGAGCUUGUUCUUCUCUAUGAUGGACUUGGGACGUGA